AUGUUUUCGUCUGUGCACGUUGUUCCCCUUAUGGCUAUUACUGCUCGCACCCAAGCGCUCAAAUGUUACUCAGGACCCGAACAAAUCGGACUUGACAGUGGUCUCCCUCAGGUCCCUGAACAGUCUUUCCGAGUGGUCAUUUUUGCGCACUUUGGCUCGUUCAAAACAACAGACGGCAAGAUAGUGCUUGUUGUUCAAAAGAUCAUGCUUCCGAUAGUAAAAUUGCUGAUGCUGAUGCUCCUAUCGCAGGUUAUGGUGGAGGCGAGAGAUAUCGGUUGCAUUGCGGAUUUUAUCUGCAGUGUACAUUGCAGAGUUAAACAGAAGUGCAAGGGAGGCUACUGCAGCGAAAAGUUGAGUUGUAUAUGUGAGGACUGUCCUAAAACGGCCGAAUCCCGUUGAAAACGUCUGCAUAAACACUUCAGCACUUACACACGAGUUUACUGAAAAACAUCUGUGAUUCAUUUUGAAAGAUGGUAA